AUGCGUAUCUCAUCACCUCCGUGUCUCUGGUGUAUGUAUGACAUACUAACAUUUAUGAAAAGACUUCUAGUCCUGCCUGGCUGCGACUGCCGAAAUGGACCCGCUCAGGACAGAGGAGACGCCACUCAAGGGGCCCCUUCGACGUUUGCCUAUCCUGGAAAGGCACUAUUGAAACCCCCCGUCUCCAAAAUGUUCCUAAUUACAAGUUCUGUACAGUCAAACAGCUCUAUAGUCUUGUACAUCCAUUCUGAUUUAAAUGAUUUUUUUUACUCUUUAUUUUCACGCCCAUUCCAUUUCACAUCCUAUAAUUAA